AUGGCGACUCAAGCACAUACCCCUUUACCCCAAGUUGGGAAGCUUGUGAGCGUGGUCCCGGUCGGUCUUAAAGAAGCUGCCCUCGACUCGCCCACCUUCCGUGCCACCACCCUCCAUUUUUGCGACCAGGUCGAAUUCAUAGAGAAAUGGCUUGAUGGAUAUGCAAAAGCUGCAACAAAACUCUCCUCCGAGCUCACAGCUCUGGAGAGUGUUGUGAGCAGCUUUCUGUCUUAUUCGACCAGCCCCCUCAGUGUCUCUGAGGCGGUCGUCGAUCAUGACUACACACUAUUGGCCAUGAAGAGGACUGGAGAGGGAUCGAAGGAUCUCUGGAGUGGGUUGGUAUCAUCGACUAAGAAGAUGGAGGGGUUGAUCGCUGAACCGAUCCGCGACUUUAUCCAUGAGGAUCUGCGGCAAUUCAAGGAAACUCGUCGCAAUCUCGAACAUGCCCAAAAACAGUACGAUUACCUACAAGCCAAAUAUGCCUCACAGUCCAAGUCGAAAGAAGCCUCAGCUUUGAGAGAGGAAGCGUUCCAGCUUCAUGAAGCCCACAAAGCCUACCUCAAAGCGUCCAUGGACUUUGCCGUACAAUCUCCCCAAUUGCGAAAUGCACUAGAUCGUCUUUUGGUCAAGGUUUCUUUUGAUCAAUGGCGGGAAAUCCGGGGAUUUCACAACCAAAACGGCAGCACAUUUUCUAAAUGGUCUCAUGAGAUGGACCGCAUUAAAGGGUGGCUUCACGAGAUGGAAGGGAGCGAAAGAUCUUCCAAAAAAGAGCUGCUCUCUACCCGCAAGUACAUCCAAGACGCCGCGGAGGCUGCAGCUCGCCCGUCCCGUGAAUUGGAAGAUUACAACAUUUCAACUGUGCCGUACCUCGGCUCUCGUCCUCUUUCUUCCAUAAAUGUGACGAAGGAAAUGAGACCAGAGAAACAAGGAUGGUUGUACUUGCGUACUCUAUCAGGAAAGCCCACUCGUACCGUUUGGGUCAAACGGUGGGCCUUCCUGAAGAAUGGCAUUUUUGGCUGUCUGGUGCAGGGUGCGCGAACCGGCGGCGUUGAAGAAAGUGAGAGAAUUGGGGUCUUGCUCUGCAGUAUCCGUCCUGCUUUCCAAGAAGAACGUCGGUUCUGUUUCCAAGUUAAGACCAAGAACAACACGAUCUUGCUGCAGGCAGACAACCAAAAAGAGCUGAUAGAGUGGAUUGGGGCUUUUGAAGCCGCAAAACAGAAAGCAUUGGAGAAUCCUGCUAGCACCGAUCUCUCGGUUUCUGGAAAGGUCACUGUCCAAGAUCCUGCAUUUUCCAUUUCUCAACCCCCGGCUCCCGAGUUCACCGCAGACACUGCCGACUCUCUCACCCCGAACACCCACGAGGAGACCGGUGGUGGAGAGCGAGGCUCAACACUGCCUGUUCCAGACCGUGAUGGUCAUGCAUUCAGAAACAGCACUGAUAUUGGAAGCAGAAGACCCACUGGUUUAGAAACUGAGAGUUCUACUAGAGAGCACACUUCCAGAUUGAUCCAGAAAUUGGAUCUUCAUCGGAAAUCCACCAACGUUGCUCCGACCCCUUCUUCCCACCUUGGCCCCGUUGGUGGAAUUGCUAGUCUCAUCUCUGCCAGCCAUAAUAUUCUCCCAUACAGCACAACUGCUCCAUUCAAUGGAAAUGACGAUGCCAGUCGAGGUCGCAGUUUCAGCAAUGUGGAAGGACCUGGCGAGAGUCUUGCACCUGCUACCCUUGCCAAUCCUCCGGCUCCUACCAGUAUGAGUAAGGCUGCUGUGGUAGUUAGCAAUGAGAGAGGAAUUGGAGUUGGUUCAUCUGAUAGCACCGGUGGAAUGCCUAGUGGUAUGAUGGCGAACCUGUGGGGAAGCUCCAAUUGGAGUUUUGUGAACAAAUUCCAAAUGGAACAACAUGCACACGAUGAUGCUACCGAAGGGCGACCAUCUUCGACACUCAGUGAUGGCUCAGUAAGCACUGUUGCUAUACAGCAUGACCAGCCAGAGAUCUCAGCAAACAAGUCAACCCCCGGACACCGCCAUAGACAGACCGUAAGUCUCGAUGGCGAGGAAACCAAACAGCUUCAGCGAGCGGUGAUGGGUGUUAUGCACGAAUACCCCAGUUAUUAUCCUCCUCGAUUAAGGAUACAAGAUGCCCAGUUCCGGCUGCUUUUCCCAGAUGUCAAGAGAGAGGAAGCUUUGGUGCUGGUCUUCAAGGCCACCUGGAGUCCAAAUGACCAACAAGAGUUCCCCGGACGAGCCUAUGUCACAACCAGAAACAUCUAUUUCUACAGUCAUCAUUUCGGAUUGGUGUUGACGACCGGUGUUUCUCUGGAGAGUAUCAAAGAAGUAACAGCGGCAUCUGGACGAGACUGUGACUUCCUUUACCUUCAUAUCAUCCCAGCACUCGGUAGUGAUACCCCUGGCCGUGUCGCCAUCAAAACCUUCCUUGAACCACUUCGACUUCUUCAGAAACGUCUGAACUUCUUGAUACAACGCUCUAUUGCCGUUGAGCAGUUGUCUUUGGAAGAAUUGAUCAAGACUCUGAUCAAAAUGGACACAGGCUCUCCCACCCGGACAUCCAGCGCAGAUAGCUGGGAGGAUCUCUCAUCUGGACUUGCUGACAUCAAAACAGAUGGGGGCAAAAAUACUGCCACGGGCCCUGUAAGGGACAUUCGAACCCCCAUCUAUAUCGACAAAGAUCUAGAGCUUGACGGAGGCAGGAGCCGAAGGGACAUCGCCAAGUUCAGACUUCCAACCCAGCCUGUGGAGUAUGUCCCGCAAGGUGACCUGGUACUAGUGACCGAAAAGGUUCUUGAAGUUAGCCCGAAAGCCUUGUUCCAUAUUCUAUUUGGCGACAAGAGUGCUGUGUGGCAGCUUCUUCUCCACGAGAGACAAGCUCGCGAAAUUAAGCAAGGUCCGUGGACCAGUACGGAGUCCAAUCAUCUACGCCGUGACUUCCACUACAAUAUUGGCGCAGCUGAUGUCCUGGGCAAAACCCAUGAUAAUGCCAUUUCGGAUUAUCAGAUCAUUGACGUCCUCAAUGAGCAUCUGUGCUACGUGAUCACAGAUAAGAAAACACCAUGGCAUCUCCCCUUCAGACGAUCAUUCAGGUUGGUCAGUAAGGUCGUCAUUACAUUCCAGGGCAAGUCGAAGAGCAAACUUGCUAUUUACACCAAAGUUGAAUGGCUGUGGUCACCAUAUGGUCUUAAAAAUGUGAUCGACAAGAAGGCUAGUAGCGAUCUAGAACAAGACGCCUUGGACCUUGUGGAUCUAGUGAGUGACCAAGUCCGCCGGCUAGGCGCGCACAGCCGGACUAAAAAGGCCGUCACAAUCUUUGGCCAUGUUGGACGCCAAAGCAAUGUUUCUCAUUUCAAUGGUGCUGGUGUGAACUUGAAAUUGGAACCUCGCAAGCCUCGAGUUCAACGAAGCAUGCAUGAGCUCCUCUUUGAAACAUCAGUCUCAUUCAUAGAAACCACCGUCUCUUUCCUGAUGAUGUGGACCUUUGGUGUCAUUCGCUGGUCCUGGAAGACUGUCAGUGCACACAAAAUAAUUCUGGCUCUGUUAGCCUUGAGUGCAGUCAUGAACGGAUACCAUUCCUCUCGAGAUGGCUGGGACUGGUGGCACGAAAGAAACGCAGGAAAGCUCAUGGCACGGCUUGGCGUGCAACCCAACCUCGUGAUGAGCAAGGCUAUCUACAUGCGGGACAUCGACGAUGCAGUUGCGAACACCACCAUCUGGCCCAGUACUGGCAAUGCCAGUGACUGCUAUGCCACCUUCCACGACCAGACACUGCGGUUUGCAGAGAUGCCCUUGUCGCUCAGCACAUCAGGACCCCGGGACGCCCUGACCAAGAGUGCAAUGAAACGCUUCCAACAAACCCGCGAGCGCCUUGGAGUGUAUCGCCACAAUCUUCUCGUCGCCCUCCGAGUCGUGAACAGCAUCGAGAAAGAAGUCAUUCAGACUGAGUGGGAGCGCUGGCUCCGCGAGGAGACUCGCCGCUGUCGCCAGGUGGAGGUGCUUCUCGGCGGCGAGUCCACCCAAGGCGAGGGCUCACAGGCACGACUUGCUCAAGCCGAGCGCGUCUUCGCUGAGCAUGCAGACAAUGUUCAGCAGUGGUAUGCGGAGUACUGCCCGAGUUGUCUAUUGGAGCAGGAAAAAGUCACGGACCGCGGUGAUUCCAUCCCCUGA